CUCGGGGGCGCGGCGGGGGUGGGGCUGCGGUUGGACGGACCGCGCUCGGUCGCCGCUCCUCGCUGAAAACCGCUCGCCUCGUUGUGCCGCGUCGCGCGCAGUGACCACGCGCCGAACGAGGGAGCGGGUGGCGCGCGCGCGCGCCGAGCGGAAGUCGCCGCAGAAGGAAGUGCGGAGCGCAGAGCGGCGGAGUUGAGACGACGAGGAGAAGAAGAAGAAGAAGGAGGAGAAGAAGAAGAAGAAGAAGAAGCGCAGGAAGGAGGGUCGCGGUCCGGCCGAGGGUCCGAGCGGCGCACAGCGGGACAUGGACGCGCACGUCAAGGAGGGACUGCUGUACGUGCAGCACCAGAAGUUCGGAAAGAAAUGGAAGAAGAGCUGGUUUGUGCUGUAUCCAGCCAGUCAGAACGGCAUUGCGCGGCUCGAGUUCUUCGACUGCAACAACGCCAGCGAGAAGCCCAACACCAAGAAGCUGGACAAAAAAAUCAUCCGACUGGCCGAGUGCAUCAGCAUCUGGCCCGCGGUCACCGAGACGUGUCCCAAGGAAAACAUGUCUGCCUUCUGCGUGGAGACCAACGACAAAACCCACGUCUUCGCUGCUGAGAAGCAAACGAGCGCCGAGUGGGUGGAGAAGAUGUGUGAGCUUGCAUUCCAGGGGGGCAGCGGCUCCGGCUCCAACGGUCAGCAGGAGCUCAAGAUGGCCGAGAACCUCAUCUACUACUCUAGAGAAGAAGUGAACGAGUUCUGGGUGUGUGUCCAGCGGACAGAGGCAUCUGAACGCUGUGGCCUCCAGGGGAGCUACUGGCUGAAGGCUGACAGUGACAGCCUGGUCCUCAAGGAGCCCAAGACCAAGAGGAACCUGCUGGUGUGGCCCUAUAAACUGCUCCGUCGUUACGGCCGAGACAAGGUCAUGUUUUCGUUCGAGGCGGGUCGGCGCUGCGAUUCCGGUCCUGGGAACUUCACUUUCGAGACAAAGCAAGGUAAUGAAAUCUUUGGGAUUGUGGAGGCGGCGAUUCGGGAGCAGAAGGCUCAGGCGGAGGAGAAACACCAGAGCUGCCCAUCGCUGGACCUGGACUGCACAGCGCCCCAACAGAACCGCUCCCCAACGGCCGAGGGCAGCAGCGACCCAGACGGAGACUCUGGGGGCAGCAAACCCAGUUCGGCCGACGGUGUCUUUGCGAGGCGAGAUGGCGAGGGCAGGAACCUGAAAGGCCGUGUUCUGCCGGACCCCCCUCCACCUCUGACCAGCACUCCUCCUCGCUCACCCUUGCCCCGUGGGCCCAGGAGCACCCUCACCUUGGACGACCAAAGCAACCUAUACUCCGAGCCUGCCGAUUCAGUGCGUUUGCCCCCCUCCGCCGUGGACGGCCUGUAUUCUGACCCCGUGGACAGCAUCAAGACGCCGACACCGGCCCCCCGAGGUUGGUCCCAGGGUGAUGAAGGCACUCGCCACCAGGGCUGUAAACCAGACCCGCUGUACUCUGACAUCUACGACCGCGUGAGUGUCGAUCUGGCUCUGCGGACAGGGGGCCUGGGACUGGAUGCAAGAACACGCAAUGGUGCAAGACAGACAGAAGGAGCACGCCUGGAGCACAUCUAUGAUGAGCCAGAAGGCCGGGGGGUGUCCCAUGGGGCCGGGCUCUACGACGAAGCACGGCUCGAGCCCCAUGCUUGGAGGAACCGGGGUCUCGAAGAGCCCUUUGUGGGUCACGAGGUUCCUUACAACCCGAACACAGAUGACUACUCUGUUCCCGCGUACAACAAGCCACCCCUUGGGCCUCGUGGCAAAGGGCCUAAGCCCCUUCCGGCCCCAAAACCCACCAAGGGUCUGGUGCCUCGCAAGGAGCCCCCAGCGCUGCCCCAGGGCAAAUUAAAUACUAAUGUCAACAACAACAACAGUGGCAGCAGCUCAGACAAGCACACUGACCUGUAUUCUCAGGUCUCCAAGCAUAAGCAUCUGUCCACCACCUGGUACCCCAAGUCCAACGUGCAUUCUCCUGACGUCAUCUAUGACAACCUGGGCAAUAUUUAAUGCUGCACUCCUUAGCCAAGGUUCACUGUGUAACGUUUCCUCUUCUUCCUCCCUGCUACAAGUCCUGUCUGAGGAACUGGAAACCAGGCUCAGGAAUGGCGACAGGGGGUCUUCUGCUCUUAGACAUUCCCAAGAAUGAGGGUCAGCAUCAGUUCCAUGUCUUGAGGUUGGACAAUGGAACGAAAGACUGGAGCCCCGUUGUGGCAUUGCUUCCAGACCCCUGUGGUACCUUCCCCAGUGAAGGAACCAGGACCAUGAAGCACUUCAUCGGUGGGGAUCAGGCAGCUGCUGAUAAUGCUGAGACACUGAGAAGAGUGCGCUCCCACUGGACUCUUCCUGGAGUUCUGAGUAAUUCCUGUCUCCUGGGCAGGGGACGCCACCCAGCAGUGUAGCUCUGGUUGCCAUUUCUGUGCUGCUUCUGGCGCUCUGCGUCCGUCUCACUCAGCAGGGGCUACAUGAAGGUGGUAGAUUAAGGUCUGAAGAGUACAGCAUCUUCUCAAGGGUUAAUAGAAUCGUGCUCUUUUCAGACUUUGAUGUUACUAUGAAUGUGAUUUAAUUAUUUUGUUUUUUUUUUUAAGAGUUUUUUUCUGUUUUCUUCUGACAAUCUGGUGUCACAGUUUCAACGGACUUUCUGCAGCACGUCUCUCAAAGGGAUGUUCUCUCUAACAGACCUUGAACCCAAAACCUCUGAAAGACAAUGGCCGACUGGAGCCAACUGGGGCCAGGGUGAAGUUUUCAUAUUAGUAAAUGAAAUUAUACAGAUAGACAGAACUGGUGUAUAAUUUAUUGCAGGAGGACCCUUUGGGCUUGCUUUCAAAAGACUGAGAAUAUGGAGCGCAGUUUUUUUCUAAAUAAAACUUAAGCUAAC